AUGUCGCGACGACCGGCAUCUGACACCUUUACUCGCUUCACCUCGACAACUCCCCAUGCCACGACCUUCACCUAUCAACCUGCCUCCCGGCCCGGAGCCAGAAACACACCCUCCUCACCAUCCCCCUCUGCCUCGUCUUCACAGCCUCCCUCGUCCCCCCAACAUGGCUCGUCCUCGAAAGAGACGCCAAUGGAAAGAGUCGCCCGCCUCCGGGCCGCGCACGAGGCUGCAAAGAGCUCGGCCGGCUCCUCACCCAUCGACCGCAUAAUUUCCAGUGGUCGGGUCAUCGCCGACCGCGCCCACCGGCUCACCGCAUACGGACUGAUAAUCUUCUCCGGCCUCGCAGUCUGCGUCACCGCAUACGGCACGAUAUCGCUCAUUGCCCAUUCACGAAGACAAAAGCGCGCGUGGGUUGAGAGGGAAUUGAACAGGCUGGAUGACGCAAGACGGGCGUUUCUCAAGGGCGAGGCGAGCGCGGAACAGCUGCAUCUGCUCGAGCAGGAACGUGCAGGGCAGGAGAUGGAGGCAGCGAGGAUGAAAGAGGCGGAGAGGAAGAAGCAAGAAGGCUACUGGAACAAGUUGAAGGGGUUUGUGGGUGGUCAGAUGGCCAAGGGGACAAUGGGAGAGGAAACGGCCGAGGAGAAGAGUCGACGAGAAACCAGUGCGGAAUGGAAACACAGAGAGGAAGACUUGGUUGGAGGCCAAGUACCCCCUCCUUCUAGAGGCCUCCCUGUGAGGGACGCUGUUCAAGUUGCCCCAAGUGGCGUCCAGGGCGUGGGUAUCGACUCAAAGGGUCGCCCUGUACCCGCGGACAGAGUCGAAUACAUCACCAGGAAAGCAGAAGACGAGCCUGCAAGGGACGACAGGACCCUUGCCGCGAGACCAACAACUGUGGGAGGCCCAUUGGAUGUGAUGGCCAGUAACGUGGCUGGUGCUGUUGGAGGGCCUUCGACAGGGGGAGGAAGAAGCUGGUUAAGUUGGAUUAGAGGCAGCAACAGCGAAUCGUAA